ACGUCCUCGAGCUCUUUCAGCUGUCUCCAUUCUCCGCUUCUUCGUCUCUUAACCCAAGCCCACCACACAAACCCGUUGCCAUCAACGCCUGCAGAUCUCCUUCUCUGAAUUCUCCUCACGAUCAUUUUCGAUAAUUCCUCAAGCCUUCGAUCAUUUCCCCCUUAUUUCUGGAAAAGCUUUCUGUAAUUGAUGCUCUAGGGUUUCUACGAACCUUCCUACGCUUGUUUCAUAUAAGGCAAGGCCUUCCAAGUGGCUUGAAUGAUUGUGUGGCAGCAUCUAGGGUAUGACUUCAAGCAUGUUGAGUGGGGAUCGAAGGUGGGCCUCUUCAAGUUCCAGAAGAGGUGGCAUGACUGUAUUAGGCAAAGUUGCAGUUCCAAAACCUAUUAAUUUGCCCAGUCAAAGGUUAGAAAAUCAUGGUCUGGACCCAAAUGUGGAGAUUGUUCCCAAGGGUACCCUCAGCUGGGGCACUAAAUCAUCUUCUGCACCGAAUGCUUGGGGGUCAUCUUCUCUCUCACCAAAUACUGAUGGUGAUAGUAGCUCACCCAGUCGUCUCAGUGCUCGUCCAUCAUCAGGUGGAAGUGGCACAAGGCCUUCAACCGCUGGCAGUGAUAGGGCUCUUGAACCUACUGCAAGUGCAUGGGGUCCAAAUUCUAGGCCAUCAUCAGCAUCUGGUUCACUAACAUCGAAUCAGGCUUCACUGACAUCACUGCGUCCUCGGAGUGCAGAAACAAGACCUGGUAGUUCACAGUUGUCUCGAUUUGCUGAGACCUUGAAUAAAAAUCCUACGGCUUGGAGUGACGCAAGGACUGCUGACAAGCUGGGAGCCAAGAAUGAGGAGUUUUCUCUUAGUUCUGGAGAUUUUCCAACUCUUGGUUCUGAAAAGGACAAGUCUCUAAAGAAUUCUGAGUUGCAAGACCAUAGUUCUCAUGGUCGUCCUGGCUCAUCUUCUUCUGAACUCGGGAAAGAAAAAGCUGAAACCUUUGAUGAUGUUUCUGAGGAUGCAAAUGUCAAGGGUGGGGCAGUAAAUUCUUGGGGAGGAGACUAUCGGGGACACAGUGAUGAUGGAAUGAAGCCUGGCGUGGAGAAAUGGCAGGGGAAUCCCCAGCCUUACCCUAGUGCUGGGAUUGGUCCUCAUCAUUAUGAUGCUUGGCAUGUUCCUCCUGUAAAUAACCCUCAAGGUGGUGUUUGGUUUAGAGGACCGCCUGGCGGCCCCCAAUUUGGUAGUCCUGUUGCUCCUGGUGGAUUUCCUAUUGAACCAUUUUCUUAUUAUCGUCCACAUAUUCCUCCUACUGGUCUUGUCAACCCACCACCGGUUCCUCCUCCUGGGGCUGGUCCACGAGGGCCCCAUCCAAAGAAUGGAGAUGCAUACAGACCUCAUAUGCCUGAUUCAUAUAUUCGUCCUGGUAUGCCUAUUAGACCUGGUUUUUAUCCUGGUCCGAUGGCCUAUGAUGGGUAUUAUAGUGGUCCAAUGGGCUAUUGCAAUUCAAAUGAUCGGGAUGUUCCUUUCAUGGGAAUGUCAGCUGGACCCACGGUUUAUAGCAGGUACUCAGGUCAAAAUCCUCCUGAGCCUGGCAACUUGCAAGGUAGAUCUGGGGGCUAUGUUUCUUCUGGAAAGCAAUCCUCAAAGCAAGGGGAAUCCAGUCAUUCUCCUGAUACUGGUGGACCAUACAGAGUUCUUUUAAAGCAAAACAAUUCAUGGGAUGGACAAAAUGAAUCACCAAACUGGGAGGACUCAGAGAUGGCGAAUGCAUAUGCUGAUGGAAGGGAUCAAAAGAGGCCGUCUGUUUGGGAAAAUGAGCAGAAAUCAGAUUACAGAAUGAAUGAGGAGAUGAAUUCAAGGGCAGGUGCUUGUGGGGAAGAAGUUUUGCAGACUUCAGAAAAUCAAGGAUCUAAUUUUUCUGUCAAAGCUGAACAUUCUGAUAGUUCUGGAAAUAUCAAGGCAUCAAAUGACAUUUCAGCAAGAAAAUUGGAUGGUGCUGCCUCUGGUGUCGAAGAAGUCCCCCUACGACCAGUUGCCCCAAAACAAUCCAGCCUAAUUCAGAAGAUAGAGGGCUUGAAUGCAAAAGCCCGGGAUAAUUCAUCCACUAAAAGCAGGGAGGAGCAAAGGAAUAAAUCUCACAUUGUUUGUGCUCCAGUAAAUCGUGUAGAAAAUGGUGCCUUUGCUGGUGAUGUGCUUCCUGAGAGGAAAUGUGCCCCUGAAGUCUUAAAUUCACCCUUUCGUGAUCUGAAUGCCUCUGGUGGAGAAAAGAAUCCUGAAUCCUUGUCUUUCAGUGGAACAGCAACAUCCAGGCGAGCCGGUCAUGUCUUUCACGGCAGAGCUGAUCAUCGUAACAAGGGAAGAUUCAAUAGUGAAGAUGCUGAUGAGUGGCGAAAGAAGUCUGUUGAUGGUGAUUCCACUUCAUCAAGUUCACAGUUGGAAGCAUCUAAUGUCCACAUUGGUGACCAUCGAAUAUCCAUUGAAACCUAUGACAGGUCUGGGUCCUAUCACCAAGCUAGCCAUGAUGGAGAAUCAGGGCAUUUGAUGUCUGAUCCAUCUGGCGGUCAGGCACAGCGUUCUAAGAUGAAAGAAUUAGCUAAGCAACGUACUAAGCAGCUGCAAGAGGAAGAGGAGGAGCGCUUAAGGAAGCAAAACGCUAAAGCACUUGCAAAGCUAGAUGAGCUUAACAAGCGUGCACAAGUAGUGGAAGGAUCAAAUAGGAAAGAGAACGCUACAAGUUCUGUCCUCCAGAGUAAGACACAGGAAUCGCUAGCUUCUGAAUCAGCAAAUUUGGCUUGCGAAUCUGGGGCAUCCAUGAUGUGUGGCACCAAUAGUCAGAUAAGUGUGAAUAGCACUAACAAAGUUGGAACUUCACCAACCUUGUCCGUUGAGCUGUCGUUAGAAAGACUAAAUGCCGGGAAAGAAUCUGUUCCUAAUCAAUCAGAGACCUUGCACCCAGCUGUUAAUAGUGCUGAAGCUACUAGUUCCAUGCAGGUUCAAAAGAAUAUUGCUACAAAGCAGAGGCGAGUGGGCUAUAAACAAAAGCAGAAUCUUCCGUCCAAUGAAAAGCUUAAUUCUGUCACCCCAGCUGCCCCAAAAGUUGAGAAUGGCACAGUGAUUGAUGUUACUGUGUCUCCUGGGAUUGUAACAAAUGAAGCCUAUUCUGCUGUUGGCUCGACUGUUGUGGCUGAGUCUUCUGUAAACCAGAAAAAGAAGAAUAAUAAGAAUGGAAAGAACAAACACAAAGUUGACGAGAGUUCAUCUGCUGUGGCAUCAUUACCAUUGGCAACUGCAAAGGAAGCCGAUCUAUCUAGAAGUUCCAUGGAAAAUGAUCAGCCCAAGGCUUCUAAUCUUGAGUUAAAUCAGGACUCAGUUCAGCCUAGUUCCUUGUCUAAAGAUCCAAAGCAGCAUUUAGAGCAGCCCAGAAAUUCAUUAAAUGAAGAAUCCCAUGGUAGGGUGAGCAGCCAAUGGAAAUCUCAGAAUUCUCGAAGGAUGCCAAGAAACAUGCAGGCUAACAGACCAGCAGAUAAGUCCCAUGGGAAUGAUGCUGUGAUGUGGGCACCAGUUAAACCACAAAAUAAGGUGGAGAUUGCUGGCGAAUCAGUUGACAAAAAUAAAUUUGAGACAGUUAACUCUAUAAAGGGUGAUCAGCAAGUGCAUAAUAAUUUGAAAAGUAAGAGGGCUGAAAUGGAGAGAUAUGUUCCGAAACCUGCUGCAAAAGAAAUAGCUCAGCAAGGAAAUGUACAGCAGGUGGCUUCAUCAAUCAAUGAGGGCCGUACAGAUGAGCUUGUUGGAAGAGUUGGUUCUGCUUCUCAAGGUCCUCAAAUUUCUCAAAAUGCCAGUUCACCUAUUGUAAAAGUGGCUAGUGGAAUGGAAUCCAAGAAUGGAGAUGGCAGGCAAACUAAGCAGGGAAAAACUCAUGGAUCAUGGCGGCAACGGGCCUCAACACAAUCUACCAUUGUGCAUGAUGCAGAAGAGGGACUGCAUUCUGGUCCAAACAAUGGUCAAAAUCUCCAAAGAUCAAGUGGACGUGAACAGGCUCAAAAGUCUGACUUGAGCUUAGUGGAAGGCCAAACCAAGCAUGUUAAUGACUCCAUUGAUCCUGAUGGGACAUACCACCUCAACAAUCAGGAUCCAGCUAGUCAGCUUUUUGCUCCUGCUGUUAAAGAGCAAGCAGUAGCAGGCAGAGGGAGGCGGGGACCUUCCAGAGGACACAAGGGCAUGGGGAUGAACUACGACAUUGAUCACAAGAAACCUGAUCAUGAAGCUGAGAAAAUUGAAUCGCAAAUCUCAUCAUCUGAGCAUGGUCAACCAGAUGUUGGUGCUGCUUUUAAGGAAAAUCGAAGUGUUGGAGAACGUUUGACAGCUCACUGGCAGCCUAAAUCCCAGGCUUCUGGUAGUCAGCAGGGUAGCAGACCCAAUUAUCACAAUGUUGGUUCAGAGGCAAGUCAGGCUAUUAAAAAGGAUUCCCCUCACGGGAGUUUAUCUCAUCCAGGAGGCCCCAACAAGGAGACCAACACGCAUGCUGCCCGACCUCACCAUGAUCAAGCAGUCUUACAGAAGGGCAAGGCUGGGGAAGCUACAACUAUAGGGAACCAAGAAGCCAAAAGAGAGAGAAGAAAUGCUCCACCAAAGGGUCGUUCCCAUUCCCCAAGUCAGGUAAUUGGGAGCUCAGUAGAGGCCCCUCCAACAAAUAUGGAUUUCAGACCUGAGCAGCACUCAUCACCUGGGUUUCGCAGAAAUGGAAACCAAAAUAUUUUUGGAAGGGGACAUGAAUCUAGAGGAGAUUGGAAAUCAUCUGGGCAAGACAACAGACAUUAUAACCAACCCCGGGAAAGGCAAGGGCAUAACUUGCAAUAUGAGUACCACCCUGUAGGGCCGCAUGAUAAUAGCAAAUCAGACAACUUGGAAAGGCCUAAAGACAGCCAUCACAAUCGAGGAAGAUAUAGGGAGAGAGGUCAAAUGCACUCUAGACGAGGUGGGGGGAAUUUUUAUGGACGUCAGGGUGGUUCUUAUGAUUAAGUGCUGUUAAUUAGUGGAGAGGUACUAUAUGAUGGUCUGUUUUCCAUCAGGAGCCAAACCUCCGUUAGCUGUGCUCAGAUGGUCAGCCAUUUUCAGGGCUGAUGGCAAUGAUGAUGGUGCCCUCAAAUUUUGGGGUAAGGGGAGAGAAGGGUUGGCUGCUAGUGCCCUGUGUAGUUGGUUGUUAUUUUCCGCUGUAUCUGAUUGGAAAUAUUAAUUUCAUGGCAUUUUGUUUUUGUUUUUAUGGAAUCCUUGACAAUUCAAAGUUUCAACGAGCCUAAUUUCUAGUAACCACAACGCGCUUGCUUUUGGUGCUGGAGAAGUUUCACAGGUCUUAUUUUUGUUGACCCCCUGCACACGUUCAUAUGACCCAUUUUUGCUGGACAUAUGUACCGACGUACAGUAUUUUUAUGUGGUCUGGUACUGAUGUAGGACGAGUAUACCUGUGACUAUAAAUCUGCUUUUUUGGCUGUUGGUAGAUAA